GAUGGCUGUGAGUCGGGGAGCGGAGAGCUCCAGACUCAGCGGGUGAGAGGGAAAGGGGACUCCAUCAGUCAGAUGUUUUUUUUUUACUGUCACAUAACAGUGACACAAAAUAUCUUAGAGUUGAAGCGGAGCUGACUACAUCCACCUAUUUAUACAGGCUAUAGAGACGUAUAUCUACUCCGGAUUGAAGCAGGUGGACAUCUGGGAGCGAUCAUAGCCAGAGCAAAGAGAUGUCAUUGCUGUGUGUUGGAGUGAAGAAAGCCCAACUCGAUGGAGCACACGAGAAAUGUAACACCUAUGUGACGCUGAAAGUGCAGAAUGUCAAGAGCACCACCAUCGCUGUGCGGGGCGCCCAGCCAUGCUGGGAACAGGACUUCAUGUUUGAGAUCAACAGACUGGACCUGGGACUGACAGUUGAGGUGUGGAACAAAGGGUUAAUCUGGGACACCAUGGUGGGCACCUUGUGGAUCCCCCUGGAAAACAUCCGCCAGUCUGAUGAGGAGGGGCCGGGGCAGUGGCUGACCCUAGACUCCCAGGUCAUCAUGGCUGAGAAUGAGAUCGCAGGCACCAAAGACCCCACCUUCCACCGCGUGCUGCUGGACACCCGAUUUGAAAUGCCAUUAGACAUUCCAGAGGAUGAGGCUCAAUACUGGGCCAAGAAACUGGAGCAGCUCAACGCCAUGAGGGACCAGGGCUACACAUACCAGGAGGAGGAGAGACCUCUUCAAGCACCAUCAACACAAUGCUGUAACUGGAGUCUGUGGGGAGACCAGCAAAAUGAGGACCCAGAUGACAGAGACAGUGACUACCGCAGUGAGACCAGUAACAGCAUCCCCCCUCCGUUCUACACCACGUCUCAGCCCAACGCCUCCAUGCACCAGUACCCCAUCCAGAGAGACCAGCGCUGCUCCUCGCACAACUCCUCCAACGGCUCCAUUCAAGAGCUGAACUACGACAACCAGAGAGCCAUCAGAUGCUAUGAUACUUUAGACUCAGCCACCAACGGGCGCAGCGAUCUCGAUUCAGCUUCAGGUUCGAGCCGGCACACCAGCCGUCAGUACUCUCUAGACAGUAGGCACUCGCUGUCCGAUAGUCCUACAGGCAGCAGUCGCUAUGCCUCCUCCGGGGACCUGAGCCGAGGUAGCUCCCAGCUCAGUGAGGGGUUUGGCCCCGAGGUCGAGGGGAGCAUGAGGGGCUCUGUGGAGCUCUACGAUGAGAAUGACGCCUACCACUCCUGUCACUCCUCUGUCAGCUACGACUGGGAUCCCAACGCGCCCGAUGAGGUGAACAGUGACGAGGGGAGCUACGUCAAAGAUGGCAAAGAGGAGGGGGCUAUUUAUGACGAGGAGGAGGGCGAGCUUUACGAGCCUGAGGAGGGAGAGGGGGAGUACAACUAUGAGAGAGAGGAGGAGAUGGUGUACGAGGAAGAUGAAGACCUCUACCCUCUUGAUAGCACGCUCAGCGAGGAGCCGCACUACACCCCUCCCCCCAUAAGCACAGCUCCCACGCUGGUCCCCGAGGCCUCCAUCACCAGGCCUCCUCUGGAGGAACAGGCCUCCCUGAGAGAGCAGCAGCCCCAGCCCCCCACCCUGGCUCCCUCUUCCGUGGCCCCCACCACCCAAGCCCAGUCCAUGCUCCCUUUCCAGCCCCCUGUCACCACAGCCUCCACUAAGCCUACCUUCACCCCCAUGAUCCAUCCAUCCCUCAUCCAGCCCCCGACGCCCACAGCCCAGCCACCUGCUCCAGAGACCCAGCCUCCGGUGUCUGAUGCCCUGGAUGACAUCCUCCUAGACCUCCAAGAGGAGGAGCCUCUGACUUUAGAGGAGGAGGUCCCUGUCGUAGAGAGCCUCCCAGCAGAAGUCCCCCCAGAGAAGAUCGAGACCCCUGUCGUCAGCUAUCAGAGGUCCAUCAUGGAGCCUGGUCCAGACAGGGCUAGGGCCAGCUGGCAACGGCUCUGCAGCAAGGUCCGACUACAGCUGCAGCAGGCUGGGGGGGAGUCCGUUGGGAUUUGCUCCUUGUUGCUAUCAGCAGGGGUGGGUGGUGCGCUGUAUAGCAUCGACAGCAUGCCGGACCUCCGCAAGAGGAAAGCCAUGCCUCUGGUCAGGGACCUGGUCAGUGCUAUGUCCCUGGCUCAGAACUCCAGGAAGGCAGGGUUCACAACAGCUAUGGCGUCCAGCACUCUCAAUAACGAGGAGCUGAAGAGCCAUGUGUACAAGAAAACGCUACAGGCUCUGAUUUAUCCCAUCUCCUGCACCACGCCCCAUAACUUUGAGGUGUGGACAGCCACGACGCCCACCUACUGCUACGAGUGUGAGGGGCUGCUGUGGGGCAUCGCCCGCCAGGGCAUGAGGUGCACCGAGUGCGGGGUCAAAUGUCACGAUAAGUGCCAGGACCUACUCAACGCUGACUGCCUGCAAAGGGCAGCGGAAAAGAGUUCUAAGCAUGGGGCGGAGGAUAGAACCCAGAACAUCAUCAUGGUUCUAAAGGACAGGAUGAAGAUCCGAGAGAGGAACAAGCCGGAGAUCUUUGAGCUGAUCCAGGAGGUGUUUGCCAUGGUCAAAGCCACUCAUGUCACCUACAUGAAGCAGAUCAAACAGAGCGUACUGGAUGGCACCUCCAAGUGGUCGGCCAAGAUCAGCAUCACAGUGCUGUGUGCCCAGGGCCUCCAGGCGAAGGAUAAGACAGGCUCCAGUGACCCCUACGUCACGGUCCAGGUGGGCAAGACCAAGAAGAGGACCAAGACCAUCUACGGAAACCUCAACCCUGUCUGGGAGGAGAACUUCAACUUUGAGUGCCACAACUCCUCGGACCGGAUCAAGGUGCGGGUGUGGGAUGAGGAUGAUGACAUCAAGUCUCGGGUGAAGCAGAAGUUCAAAAAGGAGUCAGAUGACUUCCUGGGUCAGACCAUCAUCGAGGUCCGCACACUUAGCGGAGAGAUGGACGUCUGGUACAACCUGGACAAGCGUACAGACAAGUCAGCCGUGUCUGGUGCCAUCAGGAUGCACAUCAAUGUAGAGAUCAAAGGAGAGGAAACAGUCGCUCCGUAUCAUGUCCAAUACACCUGUCUGCACGAGAACCUCUUCCACUUUGUCACAGAUGUGCAGAGCUCUGGUGCUGUGAAGAUUCCUGAUGCUAAAGGGGAUGAUGCAUGGAAGGUGUACUUUGAUGAGACUCCUCAGGAGAUAGUGGAUGAAUUUGCCAUGCGUUACGGAGUGGAGUCAAUCUAUCAGGCUAUGACUCACUUUGCCUGCCUGUCGUCUAAGUAUAUGUGCCCUGGGGUUCCCGCGGUAAUGAGUACCCUGCUGGCCAACAUCAAUGCCUACUACGCCCACACCACCCAGGCCACCAACAACGUGUCGGCCUCCGACCGUUUCGCCGCAUCCAACUUCGGGAAAGAACGAUUUGUGAAGCUCCUAGACCAACUCCACAACUCCCUUAGGAUUGAUCUGUCCAUGUACCGGAAUAACUUCCCAGCCAGCAGUCCUGAGAGGCUGCAGGACCUCAAGUCUACUGUGGACCUGCUCACCAGCAUCACCUUCUUCAGGAUGAAGGUCCAGGAGCUACAGAGUCCCCCCAGAGCCAGUCAGGUGGUGAAGGACUGUGUCAAGGCCUGUCUCAACUCCACCUACGAAUACAUCUUCAACAACUGCCACGAACUCUACAGCCGCGAGUACCAGACAGACCCAGCCAAGCCAGGAGUGGUCGCUCCAGAGGAGCAGGGUCCCAGCAUCAAGAACCUGGACUUCUGGUCCAAACUCAUCACCCUCAUCGUGUCCAUCAUAGAGGAGGACAAGAACUCCUACACACCCUGCCUCAACCAGUUUCCUCAGGAGCUCAACGUGGGUAAAAUCAGUGCUGAGGUGAUGUGGAACCUGUUUGCUCAGGAUAUGAAGUACGCCAUGGAGGAGCAUGAAAAGAACCGCCUAUGUAAGAGUGCAGAUUACAUGAACCUCCACUUCAAGGUCAAGUGGCUGUACAACGAGUACUGCAAAGACCUGCCCUUCUUCAAGAGCCAUGUGCCUGAGUACCCUGCGUGGUUCGAGCCGUUUGUCAUCCAGUGGUUGGACGAGAACGAGGAAGUGUCUCGAGACUUCUUGCACGGUGCACUGGAGAGGGACAAAAAGGACGGGUUCCAGGUGACUUCGGAGCAUGCUCUGUUCUCCUGCUCCGUGGUGGAUGUCUUCUCUCAGCUCAACCAGAGCUUUGAGAUCAUCCGCAAGCUGGAGUGUCCCGACCCCCAGAUCGUAGGCAACUACAUGAAACGCUUCGCCAAGACAAUCGGCAACGUUCUCCUGUCCUACUCGGACAUUAUCUCCAAGUGCUUUGCUAACUAUGUCAACAUGGAGAAAGUGCCAUGCAUCCUGAUCAACAACAUCCAGCAGCUCAGAGUUCAACUGGAGAGGAUGUUUGAAGCCAUGGGAGGAAAGGAUCUGUGCAAGGAGGCCAGUGACUUCCUGAAAGACCUGCAGGUGAAGCUAAACACUGUGAUGGAUGAUCUCAGCAGGAUCUUUUCUGUCAGUUUCCAGCCACAGAUUGAGGACAAUGUGAAGCAGAUGGGAGACAUCCUUGGCCAGGUGAAGGGGACCAAAGUGGGGGCUAACAACUGCAGCAGUGUGGCCCAGGACGCUGACAACGUUCUGCAGCCUAUCAUGGACUUCCUGGACAGCAACCUGACGCUGUUUGCUAAGAUCUGUGAGAAGACGGUGCUGAAACGUGUUCUAAAGGAGCUGUGGAAGCUGGUGAUGAACACUAUGGAGAAGACCAUCGUCCUGCCCCCUCUCACCGACCAGACGAUGAUUGGGAGGGUGAAGCUUGCUUGUCACAGUGAUGGCACUCAGCUCAUCUCCAACGCUGCCAAGCAGCUGGGACAGCUCUCCAAGAUAAAGGAGCACAUGGGUCGUGAGGAGGCCAAAGCCCUGUCCCCUAAGCAGUGUGCUGUGAUAGAACUGGCCCUGGACACCAUCAAGCAAUACUUCCAUGCUGGAGGGGUGGGUCUGAAGAAGACAUUUCUGGAGAAGAGUCCUGACCUGUUGUCUCUACACUACGCCCUGUCCCUCUACACCCAGGCCACAGACAAACUCAUCAAGACUUUUGUUUCAUCUCAGAUCGCACAAGUUUUCGACGGGAAGGGAGUGAGGUUCACGGCUAGUGAGGAUGUGUACCCAGAGAAAGGCUCUGGUGUAGACGACGCUGUGGGAGAAGUGUCUAUCCACGUGGAGAUCUUCACCCACCCCAACACUGGAGAGCACAAGGUCACUGUCAAAGUGGUGGCAGCCAAUGACCUGAGGUGGCAGACCACGGGGGUGUUCCGUCCCUUCGUGGAGAUCUACAUCAUUGGUCCUCAUCUAGCUGACAAGAAGAGGAAGUACGCCACGAAGUCCAAGAACAACAGCUACGCCCCCAAAUACAACGAAACGUUCACAUACACCCUCAGUAACGAGGUGGGCACAGAGUGUUACGAGCUGCAGGUGUGUGUGAAGGACUACUGCUUCGCCCGGGAGGACCGUAUGGUGGGCAUAGCCGUAAUGCAGUUGAAGGACUUGUCCUCUAGGGGCAGCGUGGCGUGCUGGCUCCCCUUGGGGAAGAGGGUCCACAUGGACGAGACGGGCCUCACCGUCCUCCGCAUCCUGUCCCAGCGCAACAACGACGACGUGGCAAAGGAGUUCGUUAAGCUCAAGUCAGACCAGCGCUCUCCCGAGGAGGGCCAAGGAUGAGAAGUCUUUAUUCGCUCAGCGCCAUCUACAGGCUAGGAAGUCCUUCUGCGGACCGACUGCAAGCCAAACUACUGCCCUGAUUUUCUAGUGUUGGUCAAGCACAGAGAAACAGUUCUUUACUACAGUACUGUACAUACAUCUUAUUGAAGAGGACAUUUGAUACCAUCUACAGGCAUUGCCCUGGUUGUCUUGAAAGCACCAAUGUCUUUAUUAUGAAUAUAAUGAAUCAUGUAAUUCUGCAUAGAUAUAUUCAUAAACACAACAAACUCACAAAACGGACCAACUUACUACAACACAUUCACACAAAGAGAGUUUAAAGGGAUAGUUCGGGAUAUUGGCAAUGAGGCCCUUUAUCUACUUCCCCAGAGUCAGAUGAACUUGUGGAUACCAUUUUUAUGUAUCUGUGUCCAGUAUGAAGGAAAUUAGAGGUACUUUCGCGAGCCAAUGGAUCAAUCAAUAACGUUAUGUCAAGUCAAGCCCCAAGCACAAGUUAACAGGACCAACUGUAUGCAGCAGACCAGCAGGCUUUUAGGCCUCAUCCAUUCCAAAGAGUAAGGUUUACACAGACUGGUUUAUGAUACUAUUUCUAUGAGUUUUCCACAGUAGGUUGAAUUCUGAAUCUUUUCUAAUUCCCCCGUGGAGUUUUCUAUAGCAGAGCAGGCUGGACUAAAUAUAGAUUGAAAUGUUUAUAUAUGUUAUAUAGAGAGAUAUUAUCGGUCAAUUUAUGGUAUAUUUAAAUACUAUAUGAAGACUUUGAACUUGAAAGAGUGUCCCUGUCUGUGUCUCUGUUUAUAAGUAUGUUUGUCUACCCUGUUACAGAGCACACUGCCUGAAACCCUCAAAUGCCUUGUCCUGUCAAACCUCAAAUGCCUUGUCUGUUUUCAGUACAAAGUGAGAGCAACCUGAUGAAGACAAGCCUCGGAGCACUGUGAUUCAUCAGUGUGUGUGUGUGUUUGAGAGAAAUAAAUGAGUGAGUGUGUGUAUAUACUGUUUAUGUGUGUGUUAUA